GUCGCGCUCGUGGGCGCGAUCGGCGCGGGGCUCUCGAGCAACGCGCGAAAGGCGGAGAUCGCGGAGUUGAACGAGAAGUUGAGGGCGGUGAACGUCGCGUUGCGGCAGCAGAUUCGGAACCCCUCGCCGAACGCCGCGCCGGGCGCGACGGCGGGCGCGCUCUCGAAAGAUUUCGACUCGGCGUCUCUCGACGAGCUGAAGAAGGCGCUCAGGGAAGGCCGCGCGCUUCUGAAGGUGGAGACUCCCGCGGCGUACGCGGAGGCGGAGAAGGUGUUCAAUAAAGCGCUGAUGUUGUCGAGGAUGCAGGGCGAUCAGGUGCAGAUUCGACGCGCGACGCGCGGGUUAGCCGCGUCCAAACGCGGCUUGGGAGACACGAAGGGAUCCAUCGUCUUCUUGAAGGAAGUCUUGGACAUCUCUCGGCAGCUCGGAGAUCGCACGGGGGACACGGACGCGCUCGGGAACAUCGCGGACCUGUACACCGAGAUCGGGGACUUAGAGAACGCGGGGAAGUACUACGACGAGUACCUCGACGCGCUGAACGACGAGAUGUCGACGUAA